AUGAUGUCAAAUAUUGAGGGUGUGGAGGGGGCGGUGGUGGCGCGCGGGGGGGGGGGGCGCGAGGGCGCGUGCGCGGGGCGCGGCGGGGCGCGGCGGGGCGCGGCGGGGGAGGGGGCGCACGCGAGGGGCGGCCGGCCACGCUGCCACGCGCGCUGCCUCACACGCCGGCCGACGCCCGCCGCCGCCGCCACGCUCGCCCCCGCCAUAUUGUCCUGUCACAGCAGUACGUACUGGCUACUGCUGCGCCUGGACAAACCGGCGGUGGCGCAGCCUUACGCCGUGCCCGACCUGCCGCCCGAGCCGCCCUCAGCCAACCCUGAACUGUGUGUGUGUCUUUCGUGCUCUGUUCUGUCCACAGGUCUCGCCGGCUCCACGAGUAGCGGCCGCAUACGAGGAGGAAGUGGCAUCCGCCGGCCUGCCCAUCAUUCUGCCCGGCAGUGUUGUGUGUGCCAGUGUGUAACGUGCAAGUGGCCGUUGCGGCAGAGUCCUUUAAUGUUACAGAUGUCGUUGAUGUUGGACUGGUUCUCGGAGCGCCCGAGGGUGCAUGUAUCGAGCGGGGCACGGCGCAUGCGCGCGCCAUCUUUCACUGCAUCCCACGGUGGCCAUUUUCUUGUAGGGGUGGAUAACACGAAUAUCGCCCGCAUCUCACCCUCCCUAUUGCUAAGGACGCUCGUCUCACCCCAGCUUCGUGUGAAAACCUCCAAAUUUAGUUCUUGCAUUUUGUCC